UUUCGCUAUAUAUAGUCAUCAUCAUCAUCAUCACUGAUAAGGGGAUAAAAAUCAUACAAAACCAGUUAAUUGUCCUACCCAGAAAAACAAAAGCCAUGGAAAUGGUCUGCACAAUGGAGAGGAGCAAAAUCCAAGUGAUAUAUGAUGCCUGUAACGCUGUAUUUUCUCAGAAAGAGCUUCCAACUUUCCAACAAAUUCAAUGGCUGAGAAAUCUCCUAGACAAAACAAAAGCCAUAGAUCUUGGGAUUGAUGAAUUUGGGUUCUGUGAAUCUCCGCCAUCAAGCCCAACAAGUGUCGAGGGAUUGAUUCGUGGGCAAGGCGUCUGUAACAUCACUUACAUUCAUAUUCAUGAAUGCGACAAUUUCUCAAUAGGCGUGUUUUGCUUCCCAGCAGGCGCGAUCUUUCCUCUUCAUGAUCACCCUCGGAUGACGGUCUUGAGCAAACUCCUCUACGGUUCUGUUUAUGUCAAAGCUUACGAUUGGGUGAAAGUUGUGAAUUCUGGCUGCCAAACAUAUGGAUUGGCGGGCAGUGUGGUAGAUGGGAUUUUGAAGGCGCCAUGUGAAGCUUCUGUGCUCUUUCCAGGAAGUGGUGGCAACAUUCAUUCUUUCGCUGCGUUGACUCCUUGUGCUAUCUUGGAUGUGUUGUCUCCACCCUACUCUGAAGAACUUGGAAGGCCUUCCACUUAUUUCUCAGACUUCCCUAUCCCUUCUCUUCCUGGCUAUGCUAUUCUCGAGGAAAAGGAUCUCCCAGAUGAUCUCGUUGUUAUUGGAGCACCUUACCUUGGGCCUCGAAUUGUCACCCAAGAUAACCUUUCUUGAGUUGGGCCGGCAUGACGUAGUACGCAAUAGGCCCAUUAUAUGUGUAGGGUAUAUUAGAAAGUUUAUUUAGUAGACUCUUUUAUGACUAUUAUACAACUGAAUGACGUGACAGUAAAAAUCAGCUAUUGAAUCAAAGCUCGUAAAAGAAAAAAACUUAUAAUUUUUACUGUCACUUCAGUUGUACAGAAGUCUACUAUAUAAAAUUAAUUGGUAUACAUAUAUGUGAAUGUAAAUACAGGGUGGCCACCCAAGUCUACUCUAUAUAUAUAUAUAUAUAUAUAUAGUCAUGCAGGAAUCACGUUGGUCUGUAAAUGAGGGAGCAAAUUAAUUUAUGUAGGUUUCCCCAAAGAUUUUGGUGAGAAGCAAUGAGUGUUGGUUCUUUGUGGAAUAUGGACGGGUCUUGUAGCUACCAU